CCUUAACUUGUGAUAAUAACAUUUGUACGUUGUCUAGGAUAUUUGAACGUUUCUCUAUACAUUUUUCAAGUGUUAGUUUUUUGCGUAAACAAUUUUUGGCCUAGAAAAAAAAAAUUUAAUUGUUUGGAUAUAUUUAAAAAAAACUAAGUCCAAAUGAGUUUAAAAACAAAAACAAAGGUCAAAAACAAAACAAAAUGGACGCCUUAUCAAAAAUUGAGCGGAGCCGAAAUCACACAAGAUAUUUGGAAAAUGGGGCCACACAGUUGUAAAGACUGCUUACGCGGACGUAUUGCAUCUAUGGAAAAUAGUAUGGAGUAUACGGAUAGUGCCGAUUCAACGAAUGGGCAGGAGAAUGGUUCAGUAUUCCCGAAUGAUAUAUCUCCUGCUAUGCCAUGGUUUGGUAUGGAUAUUGGUGGCACGUUAGCAAAAUUAGUAUAUUUCGAACCAAAAUACAUCACUAAAGAUGAAAUUGACACAGAAGUUGAAACAUUGAAAAAUAUACGACGAUAUUUAACAAAAAAUGCAGCAUAUGGCAAAACUGGACAUCGUGAUAUACAUUUACAGAUAGAUAACGCUUUAAUUAGAGGUCGACGUGGUACACUACAUUUUAUACGAUUUCCAACAUGUGAAAUGGGUAACUUUUUAGCAUUAGCAAAAUCAAAAGGAUUAGCAACAUUAGUAACGACAGUAUGUGCAACGGGUGGUGGCGCAUAUAAAUUUGAAACAAAUUUUAGAAAAGAAUUAAAUAUGCGAUUAGUUAAAUGUGAUGAAUUUGAUGCAUUAAUACAAGGUAUGCAAUAUAUUGAUGCAACAAAUUCUUCCGAAUGUUAUUAUUGGAGUCAACCAACUGACGAGAGUAGAUGUCAAAAAAUUUCAUACGAUUUUUCAAAUCCAUAUCCAUUUUUAAUUGUUAACAUUGGAUCUGGUGUUAGUAUUUUAUCUGUAAGGGGACCUAACGAUUAUAAACGUGUAUCUGGUACAAGUUUAGGAGGUGGUACAUUCUUAGGUUUAUGUUGUCUUUUAACUGGAUGUAAUUCAUUUGAAGAAGCUAUAGAACUUGCCACUGGUGGAAACAACAAUCGUGUUGAUAAACUUGUAAAAGACAUUUAUGGAGGAAGUUAUGAACGAUUUGGUUUAGAUGGUGAUUUGGUUGCUAGUAGUUUUGGUCACAUGAAUUCAAAAGAAAAACGAAUGAGUGUAAGUCGAGAAGAUUUAGCACGAGCCACAUUAGUUACAAUCACAAAUAAUAUCGGUUCAAUCGCAAGAAUGUGUGCAAUUAAUGAACAAAUCGAAAGGGUGGUAUUUGUUGGAAAUUUCUUACGUGUAAAUCCAAUUGCAAUGAAAAUGUUGGCACAUGCAAUGGAUUAUUGGUCAGAUGGUACAAUGAAAGCAUUAUUUUUAGAACAUGAAGGUUACUUUGGUGCUGUAGGUUGUUUGUUAAAAUUUAAUGAAAGGACUCCUAUUUAAAAAAAUUCAACAACAUUAUGU